GCCAGCCCGCUCGGUCGAGUCGACACAUUCAAUUUGGCAGCACUCAAAUAGCAAAGUCCAGGCGGUUGUUGUGUCAGUCGGUGGUUGUUGGUCGUAACAUCAAUUAUAUGUGGUGCGCGCGGGAAAUGUGAUUUUCACAAAAGCAACGUGUGUAUAACGGCAGUGUGCAACUAACUAAUUGUGAAUAAUCUAUGUUGAUGAAAAUACAAACAAGCCUAUAUCUUAUUGUUUACAAAGUGCAAUUAACAAACUUAAUUAUUGUUAGUAAAUUUAUUACUAAACGUGAAAGAACCUCGGUGAACCAAGCGAUCGGUUACUAAUAUCUAACGGAGUUGAGAAUUGUGCAAAGUUUUAGUGUCAAGUUGAGAAGCAGAAAUACUUUUCGAAAAUGAUGUCCACCACAACGUCACAUCCCAUCAUGGCUCCCGUUAUGCGUCCGGUUCAGGAAGGACCCGUCUCAAGACCACGCGCUGUCUACAGCAUCGAUCAAAUUUUGGGUACACAAACGAAGCGAAGAGAUUCCGCCGAAUCCUUGAAUAGCCAUCAAAUACAUAUUCUACAUAACAACAACAAUAAUAUGAAUAAUCAUAAUCUUAGCAACCACUCUAGUAGUAGUAACAACAACAAUAUGAAUAACAUGAAUUCGCUGCAUCACAGUCAUCAUAUGGCUCAACGUGAAGAAUCACCAACAAACAUGGAUAACGGUCUCGAUGUGGAUAAUGAUGAUGAAUUGUCGAAUAGUCUGAAUAGCGGACACGAUUUGGGCGACAUGGAGCGACCGCGUAAGGUUCGAAGAUCGCGCACAACAUUCACAACAUUUCAGUUGCAUCAAUUGGAGCGCGCCUUCGAGAAGACACAAUAUCCGGAUGUCUUCACAAGGGAAGAUCUGGCGAUGCGCUUGGAUUUGAGCGAAGCACGUGUACAGGUGUGGUUUCAAAAUCGUCGUGCCAAGUGGCGAAAGCGCGAAAAGUUUAUGAAUCAGGAUAAAAACGGAUAUUUGCUACCCGAUCAAGGUCUGCCUGAUUUUCCACUCGGCCUACCGAUUCCACACGGCAUACCCGGCCAUCCGGCCACAUUGCCACCCGAGUUCUGGCCCCCACAUUUUGCCUUACACCAACACUUCAACCCCGCACUGUUGCCACCCAGCCUUGUGCCGCACUACAAAUUGCCCAACUUCCACACACUCCUCUCGCAGUACAUGGGUCUGAGCAAUUUGAAUGGCAUCUUCGCUGCUGGCUAUCCACAGAACCUGUCACUACACUCGGCGGCGCAAGUGAGUCCACCAUGCAGCAAUAGUCCGCGUGACAGUCCACCCAGCCAGCCGCAGGUAGGGCUUGUCUCGUUGGUGCCCACCUCGCUAGUGGCGGGCGGCGUAACCUACACAUCUUCGGCUGCGGCCUCGCCCAAAAGCCCGUUGGCGCCAAGUGUGGCGAGCAGCGCCUCGACGCCCGUCUCAGUGGUGACCAAAAGUGAGGACUGAACUUUGCUCUGAAGCAGCUGCGGUCAUUUGGUGGUGGUCACGGUUUAGUGGCAGAUCGUUAUUUGUUUCACGCUGCACAUACUUAAGUAGAUCUGUAUAGUUACGUGAACAGACAUUAUCAGAGAAAUAUUAAUUUGUAAAUAAAUAAAAUUAUAAAUAAUUUAUAUGCAGCAUGUAGGAGUUUGUAGCUUUUAAUUUUCGAAAGUCGAAGUGAAAGUGAUAAAGACUGGGGCGCGUGUGAGCAAAAUUAUGCCCAUACUUAAUGUGUGUGGGUUAGAAAAUAUCUCUUGAGAGCGAAUUUAUAUAUUUGUAAACAACUUUUUGUAAUUAUAAUCCCAUAAUUAUAUUCUCAUAUGUGAUUGAUUUCAUUUAUGGCAUGUUUGAUAAGCUCCAUUAAGGAAGGCAACAAAUAAAUAAUUAUUUAAAAUUAUAAAUAAAUAAAUCAAAUAAGUUAUCUUAUGUGAUUUGCUUCGGAAAUUCGUUAGUUUGUGGUUUUUGUGAACCUUAUGUUGUAUAUUUUAAAAUAACCAAGGAAUGAGAAUCAAUAAAGUAGUGUUAAAUUAUAAGAAAUAUGAUGAAAUGAUUAAGAGAGUAAACUUAUUGUACAUUAAAUAUUAUUAUAGAAAAGA